AUGAAGUUCAUUGCAUCUCUGUUCGGGACGAGGUCCCCGAAGGCGAUCGGCAGGCAGUACAUGAAAGUCGGCAGAAACGCCCUUUUCGGUGUGAGAAAUGACGACAGUGACAAUAUUUGUACCGAAAAGGUGCCGAAGCCGCUGUCCCUGCUAAUCUCCAGGAAGGGAAAGCUUAGGCAUGGCAGGAUAGCAGCGAUCUGCCUAGGUCUUCUUGCACUUGUGAUCGGUAUAGUGCUCAGUAGCAUACCGUGGGUCGAUUACCUCAUCUUGAAACAACUACGACUAUGGAACGGCUCGCUCUCCUUUCAAUAUUGGCAGAAGCCAGGCGUAAUUCGAUUGACCAAAGUCUAUAUAUUUAACGUAACCAACACGGAGGGUUUCCUGCAGUAUAACGAGAAGCCGAAACUCCAGGAAGUUGGCCCGUUCGUAUAUCGAGAGGAUAUGGAAAAAGUUAACAUCGUGUUCCAUAAUAACGGAACGGUUAGUUAUCAGCAUAAGAAAAUUUUAAAUUUUGUGCCUGAAAUGUCUUUAGAUGGAGAUAUCAAAUUGAUGGUGCCGAAUAUACCUUUGCUGACACUUUCGACGCAAAGCAAGAGUCUCCCUCGUUUCAUCACAAUGGGAUUGUCGAUUUUCUUGAGCGGAAUGCACAUGAAACCCUUCGUUCCUGUAACUGCGCAGGAAUUAGUCUUCGGGUACGACGACCCAUUAGUUAGCCUUGGUCACAAAUUUCUUCCCAAAACAAGACGGCCCAUGAGCAGAAUGGGCCUUUUUCUCGGAAGAAACGGUACCUUGAGCGAGAUAUCUACGAUAUUUACUGGACACACGGAUAUGAAAGAGUUCGGUUUGAUAAAUCGAUUGAACGGGCUCGAUCAUUUGCCGUACUGGCCAAACGCACCGUGCAAUUCUAUUACGGCUUCGGAAGGAUCUUUUUUUCCGCCGCGGGACCGGACUGGUGCGGACAUCAUUCACGUCUGGGACAAGGAUCUCUGUAGGACAUUGCCGUUACAAUAUCGCGGCCCGGUAGAGAAGGCGGGCAUUAAAGCGGAUUUGUACACUCCGCCGGAUGUACUUUUCGGUCGACCGAACGAAACAGCGCCUACUGAAGAUGAAUGCUUCUGCUCGGACGGCAUUGCCAAUUGCCCUCCGCAAGGCUUGCAGGAUAUUAGUCCGUGUCAAUACAGUGCACCAGUAUAUCUCUCGUUUCCACAUUUUUACAAAACGGAUCCUAAAUUGUUAGAUGCUAUUGACGGACUCAAGCCGGUCGAAAAACUGCACAGAUCAUAUUUCAAAAUCCAGCCAAAACUAGGAGUACCGAUCGAAGCGAAGGUUCGCGUCCAGUUGAAUCUGAAAGUAGAACGACAGCCCAAUAUCGCGGUGGUCGCGAAUUUUCCCGACAUAGUCUUCCCGAUCAUGUGGGUCGAGGAAGGCAUGGAGGAGCUCACGCCGUCCAUCAGGCGGUGGAUUUACCUGGCGACCACGUUCGCCGACAUCGCUGUGCCCUGCUUGACGUACGGCAUGAUUCUAGUCGGACUAAUAAUUAUCAUUACGGUGUUCGUGAAGGCGUACAAUAGUCCGGUAUUGGCGCACGAGGCGAUCGAGCUCGGCAAGAGGACCAUCAGGAGAGGCUCGUCCUUCUUGAUAAAUGGCCAGCAUCGACUGUUGGCGGGUCGGGACUCCUACAUUUUGCUAAGCAACAACGAUAUUGAUGAGAAGCAGGACAUUAUAGAGAUGUGAUGGAUGUUGUUUGUGCGUGAAUUCUAGUAUAUUAUAGAAACGCUCAUGCUAAUUAUAGAGCGAGCGCAUAAUUAAUGACGCCUAGUCUCGAUUUCUCGUGAAGUAAAUUAAUCUCGAUAUUAAUAAAAAUUCGUUGGAGAGACAAAACGAAUUUCUUUUUUUUAUUGCUCUCUCGAGGAUCGGACUCUGAUGAUUAUCGAAGGAACUUAGGAUUGCAGUGUUAAACAGAAUUCAAGAAUCUCAGGAACUAAGGCAAUUAAGAUCUGAGAUGUUUAGGAUUUAAAACGCAUGACACUCAAGGCACUUAAAAUCCGGGACAUCUAGAAUCUAAGUAAUGUAGAAUGUAAUUAACUUGGAUUUUAAUUAAUAUGUAAUUUAAGGUAUUUAGCGGGAUAUACAGGACUUGCGCGAAGAAUACAAGAACUUUUUAUCAAGACUUUAAUCAUUAAUAAAGUAUAUCUUAAGAACUCUUAUACAACUUUUCUUUACGCAACUUACUGAAAGAUUACGAGCCUUUUAUUUAGGGUGUAUUCGGUUUUACAAUUUCACCAGACAGAAGCAGAAACUAUACGUGGUGUAUGUCUAGACUGUAGUUAAGAUUCAGAAAACUUCGGCGUUAGUUAUUUAAAAUGUUCGGAGCCACAUAUCAUUCAAAUUGGAUUUAAGCAUUCCGAGUAUUUAAAUUCUUAAUAUUUCGGAAUUAAAAAAUUAGACGAAUUAACGUACGUAUGAUAAAAUUGUCAUCUAAUAUGAGAUGGCUGAUUUAUCUUGUUUAAAAAUCGGCAUUAAAAAUUUAAGCUAGGCGUCAUUAAUUGGUAUGGCAUGGUGAAAUAUAAAAUGCGUUUUGUUUGACUGCGUACACCAAAGUUUUGCUUUCGACGGUUUAGAUGGACUAAUUAACCAAUUGCGAAAUACGCGCAGCCGAAAUUGGUUUGUAUUUCGUAUAUGUAAAAAGUCUUGUUCAUUUUACACGGAUUUAUUCAGUUGAAACCCGCGGAAAGUUUCGUUGUUUAAUGGAAUUCAAAUUCGCCAAAGAAUAUAUAUAUAUAAUAUAUAUAAUAUAUACAUAUAUAAUAUAUAUAUAUAUAUAAUAUAUAUAUGUACGUGUAUCCAUGAUCUUUCACAAUAUGUGAAAGUAACAUACAAUCAUUAUAAUACUUUAUAGCAAUAAUGAAGUGUAAUACAGUAGCAUUAUCCAUUAUUAAUUAUGGAAGAAAAGACAAAACUUUUGGGGUUUGACGGGCGCUUAUGGAUUAUACACUAUAAUCAGGAAUUACCUGAUGAUAUAAUUUUCAGUAUCGCGAAAGAUCCCAAGAUCAUGUUAAAUAUGUUAUUGUGUCUGUGAUUCCGUCCUUAUUUAUAUAUAAUAUGCAAUAUGCACUUGAAUAUAGAGAGCAACGAGGGGAAAAGCUUCAACAAGCAAUUAUGUGAAUGGAUGAAACUUUCACUAUAGUAGCGAUCGCGGCAUGAUUGCGGCGUAAGACGAUGCUUCCUCUCAACAUGUCUCACUCGUACUCGGCCAUAAAAUCUAGUGCAAUAUUAGUAAUCGUAUGUUAAGUAUACCAUUCGCCGCCAACGUGUGAUGAAACAACGUCGAUUAGAAGUAAGGUCAGUUGCACCGACAACUUUAUAGCGCUACAUGUAUCUGCGUAAAGCUAAUUUCGGUUAAACGAUCGGAGAGGAGCGCAGCUCUAGCUUUAAAAAAGAAUGUUGAAAAGGCAAAUUUAGAUAAUUGCGGUUAAUGUUAAUCGACGUCGGUGCGUUAUAAGUUAAACAUGUUUCGAAUCAAAUGAGUGAUACAUCGUGGACGUAAUGCGACUGCGUAUCACAUUUUUAGUACUUGUAAUCUAUUCCGAAGAUAAAAACAGUGUAAGGUAAACUUGUUAUUGCCAGAACGGAAUUUUGUAAUUGGAUUUUAAUAAAAUAUGUUUAUCCAGA